AUGUCGUGCUGCGAUUCCAGUAAAGUCCCAACAAAGAGCUGCUGCUCGACCAGUCAACCUCAAGAGAAGUCUUGCUGUUCUUCUACAAAGCAAAAGUCAGCACCUUCAUGUUGUGGUGCUAACCUGUCGGAAAAGCCUACCAGGUGUAGGUGUGGUUCAAGCUGUGCUUGUCCCUCCUGUAACACAACAAAACUUUGA